ACUGUGGUCGCUGGUGUGUUAGCGUAGGGGUGGAAGAGAGUGUAUGUUCGAGGUUAAGUUGUUGUAAACGUAGCACGUGAUACAUUGAGAAAAACACCAUGGGAAAACUAAAUGUUUCCAUUUUGCGGUAUCUCACGAAGGAAGAUUUCCGUGUUCUAACUGCAAUUGAAAUGGGAAUGAAGAAUCAUGAACUGGUUCCUGCACCUCUUGCGGCCUCAAUCGCUAACUUGCAGCAUGGUGGCGUUCACAAAGUGCUCAAGGAUUUGUGUAAACAUAGACUGCUCAGCUAUGAGAGAGGAAAACGAUAUGACGGAUACAGGUUAACAAAUUCUGGGUAUGAUUAUUUGGCACUCAAGGCCUUGACUAUGAAGAAUGUAAUAUCAUCGUUUGGCAACCAGAUAGGAGUAGGCAAGGAAUCGAAUAUUUAUGUUGUUGCUGAUGAGGAAGGAAAUCCAUUGUGUUUGAAACUACACAGGCUUGGGCGUACCUGUUUCCGUAACCUGAAGGAGAAGAGAGACUAUCACCAACAUCGAAGAACUGCCUCGUGGCUUUAUCUUUCUCGUAUUUCAGCCACAAAGGAAUUUGCAUACAUGAAAGCUCUGAGAGACAGAGGCCUGCCUGUUCCUAAACCAGUAGAUUUCAACAGGCACUGUGUUGUUAUGGAGCUCGUAGAUGGGCAUCCCCUGUGUCAGGUUCAUGAGGUCAAGGAUGUUGAAGCUCUGUAUGACGAAUUAAUGAAUUUGAUUGUCAAGCUUGGGAGUCAUGGUGUGAUUCAUGGAGAUUUUAAUGAGUUCAACAUUAUGUUAUGUGAAGAUGACAAACCAGUUAUCAUUGACUUCCCACAGAUGGUAUCCACAUCUCAUCCAAAUGCUGAAAUGUUCUUUAACAGAGAUGUCAACUGUGUCCGUGAUUUUUUCCGAAGGCGAUUUGGAUAUGAAAGUACGCUGUAUCCAUCAUUCAGCGAUAUCAUGAGAGAAGAUACUUUGGAUGUUGAGGUCCUUGCCAGUGGUUUUACACGGCAGAUGGACAAAUAUCUCAACAUUGAAAUGGGCAUUGAGGAAGAUGACAGAACUGGUGACCUUGAGGAUGACAGCAGUAGUGUAAAUGUGGAUGAACUGAGACAAGAAGUAGAAAAUUUGGUACAAGAGGGAUCAUCUCAGAAGUCUGACAAACAGAGAAACGUAACAGAAGCUCAGACUGUGUACAGCUUGUCUGAAAGAGAUGUCAAGGUAGAAAGUAUUAGCACAUGUGAUGAAAGGACUGGGAAUCAGGGUUCAGUAAGUGAAUGUAGUUGUGUUGACGCAAAGCAGCAACAUACAGAGGAGGGUGGAAAUGAACACCUGCAGAAAUGUGAAGAAAAUUAUGAAAAAUUGUGCCAGAACACUGCAGAGCAAUUAUCUAGGGUCAUUAAAUUUAAAGAUGAAAUUGAAGAGCAUGAUAAGGAGAAUUGUGAAGGCAGUGCCAUGGGCCUUUCUCACAGUGAUUAUAAUGAUGAUGAUAACACAAGGGACUGUAACAGUGUAACAACAGGCUCAUUUGACACUCGUAGCUUCCGCAGUACGUCCACUGCUGCAACAAUUGCUCCACAGGCCAUCCAAAGUCGUGUAAAGAAGUCAUUGAUGAAACGAGAAGCAGUGCUGGCUCGUCACAGAAUGCGCGUGAAGGGGGAAGCAAGUGCUGUGACGCGUGCCCGCAGGGACAACAAUGAUACCAUCAAGCAGUCAACUGGAAUAUGGGGCUGGGCGUAAUAUUCCUUAGCAGGCAGAACUCAAGAGGUUCCUUAGUGAGGAGAACAUCAGUAUAAACACCAGCUUGAAGUGCUGCGUAGCUGUAAAACCCAGAUUUGAAUUUAUUAGUAACUGGUAAGCCACUAAUGAUAUCCUUGUCAAUGCUGCUGCAGUCAUGAAGUUUUGUUGUGAAGAGAAAAACAAAGUGUUUUCUGUAUAGAACUGAAUUAUUCUCUUGUAAUAUAAUUGUAACAUAAAUAAAAUUUGGCAGUAA